CUAUUUCACACUUGCAGCGACGAUGCCAAGGCCAAGCUUUGUCCUCUUCUGCUCACAAGUUGGGAGCGGAGAUAGAAGGAUACGGUUCUGCCGCCGGCGAGGGUUAGGCUCCUCGUCUCCGGCCAAGCUCCCGCCCCUCCCGCCCGAGUCCCACCCGGCGGUAAGCGAGGCGACGGUGCCUCCCUGCCCGGCGCCCCGGCCAAGUUCCCCCUUGCUCGCCGUGGCCGCCGCGAAGUAGACCCCCGGCGGCGACGACGAGUGGUCAUUCUGAUAAUAUUGAGGAAAAUGUACAACUAGGCCACCAUCCAAUAGUGGGACAUUAGCAAUUCACAGAAAGUGAUGGCGGAGAUUGUGAUUCUUCUAGCCAUCAAAAAGAUCGGAAUUGCCUUGGCAAGUGGAGCGGCAAACCAUGUCAGCGCGCAGUUUGCAAAGUGCAAGACACAGCUAUUGGAGCUACAGGGCAGUAUGAGUCGUGUUGCGAGGGAGCUUCGCGUAAUGCAUGAUGUUCUCUGUCACAUGGACAUUCGAAACCGCAACAGUCAAGUAUAUGACGGCUGGUUGGAGGAGGUACGGAAAGUAGCACAUGUGAUGGAGGACAUGGUGGACGAGUACUUGUAUCUAGUAGGACAGAAACAUGAUACAUGGUCUUGCUUUUACCUCAAAAGGGUGUUCAGAAAACGAAGUUCUCUGCUUUCUAUGAACCAGAUAGCUGUCAAGGUGAAAGAAAUAGAGAAAGACCUUACUCACCUGUCAGAGACAAAAACCCGUUGGGUUCCCAUGAUAAACAACGGGGAUAGUGGCAGCACUAAUUACAUUGUCAAGAGGUCCCAAGAUCUAGCAAAAAUUUCACGUUCCCUUGACGAAGAAGAUCUAGUGGGGGUGGAAAAAAACAGAGAAAAACUUGAGCAGUGGUUGGCAGGCGAUGAUUUUGGAUACUCUGUAAUAGCCCUGCUUGGAAUGGGAGGUCUUGGUAAAACUGCUUUAGCUGCAAAUGUGUACAAGAAGGCAAGGGAGAAAUUCCAGUGCCAGGCCUGGAUCUCCGUCUCCCAAACUUAUUCUAGAGAAGAUGUCUUGAAGAAUAUAAGCAAGGAACUUUUCAAAGAUAAUGUCAGUGUUCUAUCUAAAACUGCAGCUAUGGACAUCACAUGCCUUGAAGAGACAAUGAAGAGUUUUCUGGAGCAACAAAAAUAUCUGAUCAUAUUGGAUGAUGUUUGGACUCCAGAAACAUUUGAUGAUUUGUCUAGGGUGCUUACUAAUAAUGAUAAAGGUAGUAGAAUUAUAAUGACAACAAGGGAAGGCCAUGUUGCUGCACUUGCCUCUCCAGGACACAUCUUAACACUAGCAGCUUUACCAGAAGAUAAGGCGUGGGAUCUCUUCUGUAAAAAAGCCUUUCCAAGAAAUACUGAUCAUGAAUGUCCUGUGGAGUUGAAGCCUUUGUCCGAACAAAUAGUUAACAAAUGCAAAGGCUUGCCCCUUGUUAUUGUAUUAGUUGGUAGCCUUUUGUGUGUGUGCGAGAAAACUGUGGAAGAAUGGAGAAGAAUUAAUGAUCAAUUGAGUUGGGAGCUAAAUAACAAUUCAAGGUUUGAUCACAUAAGGAAUGUUUUGCAUCUGAGCUUCAUCUACCUUCCAACACACUUGAAAAGUUGCUUCCUGUACUGCAGCUUAUUUCCAGAAGACUAUCUUCUCAAAAGGAAACAACUUGUACGGUUAUGGAUAGCAGAGGGGUUCAUCGAGGGAAGGGGUGAAAGCACAUUAGAAGAAGUGGCAGAAGGCUAUCUGAAGGAGUUGAUUGAUAGAAACAUGCUGCAACUUGUUGAAAGGAAUAAUUUUGGUAGGAUGAAAAGAUUCAGAAUGCAUGACAUCUUACGUGAAUUGGCAGUUGACUUGUGCCAGAAGAACUGUUUUGGUACUAUAUACGAGGAUAAGUGUGGGGGUUCUCUACAGAUGGAUGGACGUCGAUUGGUAAUGCAUAGAGUGAAGAAGGAUAUUCAGCAGUCAUUUUCUAGCAUGCACCACCUUCGAACUGUCAUUACACUGGAUGGCUGCAUGCCAUCAUUCACUCUACUUCCUCUGCUAUGUAACAAAUCAAGAUAUAUGACAGUGCUAGAAUUAAGUGGUUUACCUAUCGAGAAGCUUCCAGAUGCUAUUGGUGAUCUUUUUAAUCUCCGCCAUUUGUGUUUACGUGAUACAAAAGUGAAGGUGCUCCCGAAGUCUGUUGAGAAGCUUUCAAAUUUGUUGACACUGGACCUUCAUGGAUCUGACAUACAUGAGUUGCCUAGUGGGAUCGGGAAACUGAAGAAGCUUAGGCACUUAUUUGCUGAGAAAACAAUUGACCCAGAUUGGAGAGAGAUUCAAUGUUGCAGUGGUAUGUGUAUCCCCAAAGGUCUUGGAAAUCUAACAAAUCUACAGACAUUACAAGCAUUGGAAGCACAAGAUGAGUCUGUCAGACAUUUAUGGGAGCUGACGCAACUGAGAAGUUUGAGGUUAUGGAAUGUGAAAGGAAACUACUGUGGCCGCAUCGGUGAGUCUCUAGUUCGGAUGCGCUAUUUGUCCAACCUAGAUGUGAAUGCAAGUGCUGAGAACCAGGUUCUCUUGUUGAAUGUCUGCCUGCCAAGCCUGCAAAAGCUGUAUUUGAGAGGACGACUAGCGGAAGGGGCUUUUGAGGAAUCACCUCUCUUCCAAGCUAUUGGGGGGCAGAACUUGCAUGUCUUGAAUCUAUCUUUAUCACAAUUGAGAGAAGACCCCCUGCCAUCCCUUUCUCGGUUGCCAAAUUUGACGCGUCUACAAUUCACUAGAGCAUACAACGGAGAGCAGCUGACAUUUUGCACAGGGUGGUUUCCCAAGCUAAAGAUUCUCGUUCUAAGAGACAUGCCUAAUCUGAAUCGUCUAGAGAUACAUCAAGGUGCCAUGGCGAGCCUGGAAAGAUUAGUCUUAGCCAACCUCAGUGGUAUGAUGGAGGUGCCACCUGGCAUUGAGUUUCUCAUGCCCCUCCAGCGUCUGGUCUUCCAGGAAAUCACCAAUGACUUCUUGACAUUGUUGCGUGAGUGUUCUGCAAUUCGAGGGGCCCAUGCGGUGUAUUCUCUCCGAUAUUGACAUGCCCAGACUGGUUUGGAAAUGUGUAUGUACAUAAGUCACCGGCGGAAACAAAGAUGCUUCGCUAUGAAGUUCAUUAUAGUAGAUCAAGGAAAAAGGAGUAUCCGAUUCCAGUGUUAGUGUACGCUCGUGCUGCUGCUGAUUGUGCAUACUUUCCGGGUUUCCUCUGCUUUUAUUCAAGACGCACCAUUUGUUGCUUGUUCCACCUCCGCCACUGUUCGUGCCAUGGUGUGCUUUUCCUUGUCAAGUGUGACAAUCUUUCGUAUUGGUUUGUUCUGGUUGUGGCUAAAGGCGAGUGUUGUUUUCAUAUUCAGACUAAUUUUUACAUUACCUGUUUGCACUGUAUACUGCUAUUUCGUGUGCAUUCUUGUUGUGAACAUAUUCCAGCUGUGUCUGUUAAAUAAAUAGAAGACUUAGUUUGCGAUUCUUA